GAUAAAGUGGAGGUGGUAAAAGAUGAAUCUUGCCAGUUCUUCUACUACAAGGUCUCCCGCCAUUGAUUUGCGAACCAAUGGCGUAGUUUUCGACAUUCACAGGUGCUUUUAACAGCCAAGACAGAACAAAAUGAUUAUGAAUUUUAAUUUUUACGCAUUACCUUGUGACACUCGGUCCUCUCUACCUACCCUGCAUGGAAUAAGAUAUAUAGAUUAAAUCUAUAGACUAAAUAUAGGUUAUAAGUCAUUAUAUCUUAAUACUGUUCCAUGGACGAAUUAUAAUACUACUACUUAAUACUAACUUUAAAUAAUGAAAUAACCGAAGACAGUGCAAAAAAAGUUUUGGCUUAAAGAACUCUGCAUCCAAGCCAAAAAUAUUAUUAAAAAAAAAGACUACUUAAUACUGCCACUGUCAAAUGUGUCAAAUUGUGGUCAAAUUGGAAACAAAAAGAGCUGGAGAUAGAAACUUGGAAUUAAAAAAUAAUUAAAUAAUAGGGGCGGUUUUCAUAAAAAAAUACGGAAAUGUCUUCUCCCCCUCCUACUAAACCCCCUAGGGGGGUUAAACAAGGCAAAGAAACAAGUGGACUCCUCAUGUCAGUAAUUCGUACAUUAUCUGCAAGUGAAACAAAUGAGCAGCGUGAGAAGGAGAGAGCAAAAUUAGAAAAGGAAUAUAAAAAGAGUGAUGCGAGAUUGGAUGAGUUAGUGGCUGCACAUGCACAAGAAAUAAUGGAAGUUAUGCAGAAAUUCAGCAGUGUCAGCACUGCAAUGUCAGUGUGGGGGCAACACUGUGACGCUGCAGUUGCUCGCCUGGCAGCAUGUCGUGGACUGCUGCAGCUGCGAAGAGAUGAUUUGAAGAGACUGUGGGCGGAUGCCCGCACCCACUAUUAUGCAUUGCAGAUGUUGACAGACAUAGAACGUGUGGUAGUUUCGGAGCGUGAAACUCGUGAGCUCAUAUCAACCGGUCGCGUGCUCGCCGCGGCGUACACGCUGAGAGCCGCGCUAGAUACCGCUGAUACAACUCUGUCACACGUAGAUGCGUUACAUUCUACAAGGCAACACUUGGAAGCUAAAAAGAGGGAGUUAGUUGAAGUAAUAGUGCGACGUAUCAGUGAGGCGGUGUACCGUGGUGACCGCAGUCCAUUGCUGCGUCGUGUCUCAGCUCGCCGACGCACCGCUCUAUUGCUGGCCGAGUUGACAAAAAGCGAAGAGGUGACGGACGCGUAUCUCCAAGACAUCACGCCAGAGUUUGAGGCGUCAUUAUCAGAGGAGGAUAAAACUUUCGAGACUACAAUAAUGAUAUCACUUGAAGCUCUCGGCGUUCUAGACCAACUGAAAGAGGCCACCGAGAAAUUCAAAGUGCAAAUCCAGGAUGAACUGCUAGAUGUAAUAGACUCUGUUUCGCGUCGUAUUAUCGACGAAGUGGACGUGGAACCGGACGUCGAGUGUGACGAGGACGGCGAAACACCAGAGGUGGAUGGAGUGACAGAGACGGCGCGACCGCUAGCAAGACUAGUCGCUACGCUAGGACAGGAGUUCAGAGCUUGUGCUACAAGAAAUAAAAGAUUAUUACAGUUGUGGCGUGCUGCGUUACAAAGGCAUAAGUUGUCCGAUUCAUAUCUUCAUACUGAACAACAUUACUGGAGUGCUGUACAACAAGUUUUCCAACUGCUGUUAACUGAAUACCUGGACAUAGAGAGUGUGAACUUGGCCGCGGUCCGCUCCACGGGCGCCGCUGUAAACGAAGCCAACACCGAACUGCGACUCGCCGACUAUUUCGCCAAGAAACGGCCGCAGAGGAGGCGCGCUAAACUAUUCAAGUUGAACGGUGAGUGUCUUCGCAUAAAUAGUUGGAGGUAG